AAGAGAUUCUCACUCCUGAGUUUCCUAUUUUCCUACAAAACAAGACCUGCGAACCCUUUUAUUCAGUUCCUACUCCUUUUGGUUAUUCUCUGAAGUUUCAACUUUCAAGAGAAACAGAGAAAUGAGACUUGGAAUUGCUUCAUGGAGUUUCAUCCUAUGCACCCUACUUGUCUUUUUGAUUGUACAAGACAGUGGUGCUAGAAGGAUAGGUAUCACAACUGGGAGAGAGAUUCAGCUGAAGGAAAUAUCCUAUGAUUUGCAACAGCUCCCAACAGAGGGUCCUGGACUUUCUGAUAUUCUGCAGGUUGAAGGAAAUGGUGUAGAAUUGAAUAAGAAGCCUGUUCAAAAAGAUGAUGAUGAUGGUGCUGAUGAUGAAGAUGAACAUAAAAAGAUGAUUGGAAAUGAAGUGCAUACUCAUGAGUCAUCUCAUAUGGAUCACAACCACAUGGAUCCAGAAUUGCAUGUGUUUUUCAUCCCAAAAGAUUUAAAGGUUGGGAAAAAAAUGCCAAUUUAUUUUUCCAUGAAGGAUUCUUCAACCUCUCCAAAAUUUCUACCCAGAGAAGAAGCUAAUCAGAUUCCUUUCUCAUCAAAACAACUACCCUCCCUCCUCAAUUUCUUCUCUAUCCCAAAAAACUCUCCUCAAGCCAAGGCCAUGAAAUACACACUUGAACAAUGUGAGUUUGAGCCCAUGGAAGGAGAAACCAAGUUUUGUGCUACUUCCCUAGAGUCCUUGCUUGAUUCGGCACGCCACCUGUUUGGGUUAAGUCCCCAAUUCAAAGUUUUGACCACUACCCAUCUCACAAAAUCCCAUGUCCUUUUACAGAACUACACAAUCUUAGAAGUGAAGGAGAAUAGAGUUCCAAACGUUAUAGGAUGUCACCCAAUGCCUUAUCCUUUUGCAGUCUUUUACUGCCAUAGCCAACAGAGUGAUACUAGUCUCUAUGAGGUGCUGGUGGAAGGUGAGAAUGGAGGAAGAGUUCAAGCUGCAGCUAUCUGUCACAUGAACACCUCUAAGUGGGACCCGGAUCACGCCGCGUUUCGUGUGCUCAAGGUUGAACCUGGAACCUCCCCUGUGUGCCAUUUCUUCCCUCAUGAUAAUCUUGUCUUGAUGCCAUUGCCAUAAGCCCAUAACAAGUUCCAUGUUCUUGAUCAAGUGUUUUCUGUUUCUGUAUAUGAAGCUAUGCUAGAUAUGAUAUUAAAUCUAGACCUUGUGGACUAGGAACUGCCUCUUGAUGCAAAAAAAUGUAUCUAUGUUGAUCAAGAACCUAAUAAGAUGGUAUUUUGUUGUGCUUGA